AUGGACGGACUCAAGCGUAUUCUGAACAUUUUUGCCCCAAAAGCUGAGAAGGAGGACGGACGCGACGUAUGGGGUUCACGAACGGCCUUUGUCCUGGCCGCCAUGGGCGGUGCUGUCGGCCUGGGAAACAUCCUGCGAUACCCGUCCGUCGUUUUCCCAAAUAACGGUCUUCAAUGGUUCCUCCCCUACUUCAUCGCCCUGAUCUUUCUGGCAAUGCCCAUCCUCAUGCUCGAGAUCUGUAUUGGCCAAGCAGCGCGAGGCGGCGGUGUCGUCGCAUUUCACCGCAUCAACAAGCGCGCGAAAGGAGUCGGCCUGGGCACCAUUGCCACCGGAUACAUGGUGGCCACGUACUAUGUGCCCAUUCUCAGCUGGACGAUGAAGUAUUUCCGCCAUUCGUUUACUGACCCGCUUCCAUGGACGGGCAGAGGGGAGGAGUUUUAUCUAGGGACCGUCAUUGCCAACCAGGACCCGAUCCCCGGCAACUACAGCACCAAUGGCAAUACCGUGGUUGACUACGCGCAAUACCCCGGCACCGGGAUCAUCGGCGAGACGGCUGGCUGGGCGGCGUUUGUCUGGUUCGUCGUUUUUCUGUGCAUAUUCAGGGGCGUCGGUCUCACGGGUCGCGUGGUGUACAUCACCAUGGGCUUGCCUAUCGUCAUCAUCAUCAUCCUUCUGGGGCGUUCCGUGUCGCUCAACAACGCCGUCGACGGGAUUAGAAUGUACAUGGGCCAUUGGGACAGUUCCAAGCUUGCGAGCGGUGCCAUCUGGCAGGCCGCGGCCGGUCAGAUCUUCUUCUCGACCGGUGUUGGGUUCGGCUACUUCACAGCCUUUGCGUCCUACAACACGAAAUUCUCCAACGCCGUCCAAGACGCCGUCAUUAUUGCCGUGAGCAACUCGCUCUUCGAGAUCAUCGCCGCAUUCGCUGUCUUUGGCGUCAUCGGUUUUCUCGGCCUCCAACCCGAGGACGUGCAGCUGAGCACAUUCACCGUCGGGUUCCUGACCUACCCAUCGGCCAUUGUCGAAAUGCCGGGGGCCAAUUUCUGGGCCGUGCUUUUCUUCAUCACCUUGAUGCUGGUCGGCAUCAGUUCCGCGUUUGCGCUGGUUGAGUCGCUGGUGACGCUCCUGGCCGACUCGGCUGUGGGUCGAAAAGUCCCUCGCACGGCCAUAUGCACUGUCGUUGUUGUCGUUUCGUUCCUGCUCUCGCUGAUAUACUGCACCGAGUUCGGCCUGUAUAUCCUCGACGCCGUCGACACAUGGCUCAACAACCUGUCUCUGUUGUUCAUCGCGUGGAGCGAAUGCGUCGCGAGCACCACCAUGUACCGCUGCACCGAUGUCCUGGGCCAGGUCGGGACUCCGUCGUUUAUCGUCUACAACGCCGGCUAUUUCGGUGGCACAAUCUUCGGCAUCGCCGUCGGCCACGCCGUGAGCCCGGAAGCCGGCGCGGGAGUUGGCUUUGGGCUGUACGUUGCCGGUACGAUCGUUGCGAUCCUGCUUGCCAGGACGCCGGACUCGUCGGCGCCGCGGUUCUGGGGGAGCAAUGUCUGGAUGAACCGGUUCUGGUGGCUAGCAUUCUACUCUGGCCACCAACUGCAGCGCGAUCUCAAUCUAGUAGUCGUCACGGGCAAGAACUGGCGGAUUCCCAUCUACUGGGGACCGGUCGUCCGAUACAUCUCUGCCCCCAUCCUCGCGAUCAUCGUCUCCUUCGCCUACCCGGCAUUCUACAAGUUGCGCAGUGACCCGCUGCAUAUUUUCGGUUUUACUAUCGCACACAUCAUUUUUGUCAUUGUGAUCCUGGGUCUUGUCGUGCCGCGGCUGUUCGAGCCCAUCCUUCCUCCGGCGUGUCGCCGCGAACCAGAGCCGAUAACCAUUCCCAACAUCUCGAUGCCGCUUGUGGCGGCCGAGACUGGGCCAGGGAGUGAGACGGAGUAUCACCUGGAAGAGGGGAAGGAGAAGGAGGGGGUUGUUGGUACCGUGUAG